GAAGGUUCGAUAUCCACACUUUGUCGGUAGCCUAAAAGCCAAUAACCACAAGCCACGUGUUUAUUCCCUUCCCCCCUCUCCUCGGUUGCCAUAGUUGAUUUCUCUUCAAAGUCGGAAUACCCGUCUACAUUAUACAAAUUAAGGUUCCUACUUCCUUCCUUCCUUCCAUCUCAAGGCUCAAGGACCAAACUGCAAUUUUCACUCAUCUCCUCUCACCAUAUUUUCCGGCCGGGAACUUCCACAAAACGUCGCCCUCAAAAGAGAUCUUAAUGCCUCCGAACUCCAGCAGCGACGCUAUAUACUCUACUACAAAAACAAACAGCUCCUCCUCCUCUCUCCAGCUUCAACCUUUUUCAUUUCUAUGGCUGCUCCUUUUCAUCGUCUCACUUCAGGUAACCAUUCUCAUUAUGGCUCGCGCCGUCCCUUUCUACAAUCGCCGAACCCAUUUCCCGAACCCAGUAUCCGACCCGUGCUCGUCGGGUCGUAUCUUCGUUUACAACUUGCCACUUGUUUUCAACCAAGAGUUGUUGGAUAAUUGCCACGAGCUGGACCCAUGGAAUUCACGUUGCGAAGCAUUGUCCAACGGUGGGUUAGGGAGGAAGGCGACGGGAUUAUCCGGCGUCGUACCGGAAGAGUUGAUCCCGGCUUGGUACUGGACAGACCAGUUCGCCAUGGAAGUUAUUUACCACAACCGUAUUUUGAACCAUAAGUGUCGCACCAUGGAACCGGAUUCCGCGACGGCGUUUUAUAUCCCGUUUUACGCUGGACUCGCCGUCGGGAAGUACUUGUGGUCCAAUUAUACUACAAAAGAUCGUGAUAGGUACUGCGAGAUGAUACUAGACUGGGUCCGAGAUCAACCGUAUUGGAACCGUUCCGACGGAUGGGAUCAUUUCACGACGAUGGGACGCAUCACAUGGGAUUUCCGGCGGUCCAAAAACGAAGACUGGGGUUCCCGAUGUAUUUACAUGCCGGGGAUGAGGAACAUCACGCGUCUCUUGAUUGAACGAAACCCCUGGGACUAUUUUGACGUCGGUGUACCUUAUCCUAGUGGAUUCCACCCCAGGUCCGAUUCCGACAUCUUCCAAUGGCAGUACUUCGUCCGUAACCGCCAACGCGACACCCUCUUCUGCUUUGCCGGAGCGCCGCGCGGCGCCGUGAAGAACGAUUUCCGAGGCUUGCUGUUGAACCAAUGUAUGAACGCUUCCGGUUUAUGCCGGGUCGUUGAUUGCGCCGGUACCCGUUGCUCCAACGGCACAUCGGCGAUCCUCGAAACAUUUUUGGAUUCCGAUUUUUGCUUGCAACCCAGAGGCGACAGUUUCACUCGUAGGUCAAUUUUCGACUGCAUGGUCGCCGGUUCCAUCCCCGUUUUCUUCUGGCACCGAACGGCUUAUCUCCAGUACCAGUGGUUUUUACCGAAUGAUCCCAAAAGUUACUCGGUUUUCAUCCACCGGGACGAGGUGAAAAAUGGGACGAGCAUUCAAAGCGUGCUUCAACGUUACAGUAGAGAAGAAGUGAAGAAAAUGAGGGAGAAAGUGAUUGAAUUCAUUCCCAAGAUAAUUUAUGCAAAGCCUGAGAAUGGUUUGGAGAGUAUUAAAGAUGCAUUUGAUGUCGCCAUUGAUGGAGUGUUGAAGAGAAAUAAGGAGCAUGAGCAGCCUGGUUACAAGUGGAAAUGAUGGUUUUAAUGGAAAUUGGAAGCUCGGGGUGAAAAAAAAUAGAAAUGCAGAGAAUAUACAGAAAUUUAUAUUUAUUAUUUUUUCAUUUUUAAAGGAUGGGAUAGGGGCAUGACUUCCCCCUGACAUUGUUAACUUUUUGUAUAUAAUAAUAAUGGUUUGAGGGUGAAAGUUACUGAA